AGGGGUGGACAGGGAUCAGGGUUAGGGAGAGAUUAACCACACGGAGGUCCAUAAAGCCUCAGUGUAAUCCGCACGCCGCACAGUCAGACUCAGAGCAACAACAACUCCACCAACGACACCUUGCUCACAAGUCGCUGUGUGUUGGACCAAGCGUAGACAAUUAAACAAGACGAGACCUUUUUAAAAUUUGGGAUUUAAAAGACUUCAGAUCAAUCGUGGGCGUCAUCAGAAUCAUAAAGGAGCAAAAAAGGGAAUAAUCAUGAAAAAGGGAAAGCAGGUGAACGACGACAUUGAGCCGCCCAGCUACCAGGUGGCAACAGCAGACUAUGAGGAGAUGCAGGCUCAGUUCUCCUGGGACGACAAGACCAUCCGGCGAACCUUCAUCAGGAAGGUCUACGCCAUUCUCAUGGUUCAGCUCCUUGUGACCGUGGCCAUUGUUGGUCUCUUCACAUUCUGCGCACCUGUGAGGUUUUUCAUCCAGACCCAUCCUGGCUUGUACAUGGCAUCUUAUAUCAUGUUCUUCUUCACCUACAUCGCGCUGUCCUGCUGUGGAGAUCUGAGGAGGCAGUUUCCCUGGAACAUCAUUCUGCUGGUUCUCUUUACUUUGAGCAUUUCCUUCAUGAUGGGAUUUGUGUCAAGCUUUUACAACACCAAGUCCGUGUUGCUGUGCCUGGGCAUCACAGCUCUGGUGUGUCUCUCUGUCACCAUCUUCAGCUUCCAGAGCAAGAUCGAUGUCACGUCGUACCAGGGCGUCCUGUUUUCCCUGUGCAUGGUCAUGCUUCUCUGUGCCAUCACCAUCUCCAUCGUUGUGCCCUUUGGAUACGUUCCCUGGUUACACGCUCUUUAUGCGGUGACAGGAGCCGUCCUCUUCACUCUGUUCCUGGCAUUUGACACUCAGAUGCUGCUAGGGAACAAGCGCUACUCCAUAAGUCCGGAGGAAUACAUUUUCGCCACCCUCAGCCUCUACCUGGACGUCAUCUACCUGUUCAGCUUCCUGCUGCAGCUCCUGGGAGGAGGCCGCUCGUGAAGAGCCUGAUCCACCCCAUCGUACACCUGAACCGUUUAAACUCUCAGACCACCUAGGAUUUGUUCCUCCCGUGCUCAACAUGAGCACGGGAGGAACACGAGCAUUAAAUUGACCCCAAGAGGUGGGGUAAUUUCUGAUGAAUUACCCCACCUCUCUUUUUAAAACAUGCAUUGAAGCUGAAAGCAAGUGAGAGUAAUCGGUUCGUUCCAUGCUUUUGGUUUUGCAAUCUUGUGUGUACAAUCUUGCUGCUGGUUUGGUCCCGACAUCGCCUGUGUCAUACCUCACUAUAGCUGUUCACUGUACUCUGGCCAUUCCUGUAAAUCUGGUUUUGUGUUACCGAAGGGUCGGCUGCCGUCCUCGCUGUCCCACAGUGCGUGUUCACACAGUCAUUAGGCCCAUCAGUGGACAGAAGCAGCCACAGUCACAGAGUUGGGACUCUGUUUUUUUGUCUCCAUCACUGAGCCAAAAUGGAAAUCUGCACUUUGAAGCUCAGCAGGGUUGAGCUUGUUAUAAUAGCCGAGUGUUUCACAAGCUGCACAGAUAAGGCUUGUUUUACACUUGUUUGUUUUUUUAAUGCACGGCAUCAUAAAAAUGAAUGUUUUAAUGUUUGUGUUUGUGUGUGUGUGUGUGAUAUAUCUGAAGCUCACAAAGUCCAACCUCAAAGGGAGAGUGUGACAGUACUUUCUGUCAUUAAAGAUGCAUUUUCUCAGUGACUUGAAUGUGGCCUUUGGGAUGUGAUAGAAAAGCCGAUGAUCAGAGUGUGAACCGUAGAAAUGUUUUACCUGUACAGUAAAUUUACCUGGACACAUGUUAAUAUUUUUUACAAAGACAUUGAGGCUGUGUACAUUCAAUAUUGUCAUCAUUAAAAUAAACCUAACUCAUGAACAGUGGUGUGCCUGGCUUGCAUGUAAAAGACGAUAGAUGUCAUUACUGCAGUUCUGUGUUAUGACAUUCAAUCAUUUCUGCACAACUCUGUGCCGAGACCCCCAGAUUUACCUCAACUGCCUCAAGAUCUUUGCUUUGACUCCACCGAUCUGCUGAGAUAUCAUGGCAACCAGGCCAAACAAUUUGUAUCAGGUCACAGUGACCUUGACCUUCUGAUCAGAACAUCUGUGAGUGUUUUUGAAUGUUUGUGCCAAAUCUGAAGAAACCCCUUCGAGGCUGUCUUGAAAUAUUGCAUUCAAGAGGCCAAAAUGUGUUUUGUGAGGUCACAAUGACCUUAGCUCAACUUAAGAGUCAAAGGGAAUAUUUAUGCCAAAUGAGUGUUUCUUAUUUUUGUCCUCUGCCCAGAGCCGCAUGUCUCCUCACCUCUCACACCUAACAUGCCUAACAGGGCACUUCUUCACCUGAUCUCCUACACUUUGUCCUACAGAACAUAUUGAGCUGUCGGUUCUUAACCCUCCCAUAAUAGUCAGGGUUCAGUAGCAAUUUCUGCUCUAACAUGCAACAUAAACAUCUUUUUUUGAAUCUUACUAGGAAAACUUGGACCCUUGAAACAGGAUGUGAGGACCCAGCUGCCGCAAACAGGC